UCUCUCUCUCUCUCCCCAUUCUCAACGCCUAUUCAACAAUACACUCUCACACACACAAAAAUAUAUAUAUAUAUAAUAUAUCGAUAUAUCUAUAUUCUUUGGUGAUAUACAAUCAAAUAAUAAGAUUAAAAAAAAAAAAGUAGAAGAAGAAGAAGGAUGUCGUGGCAAGCAUACGUAGAUGACCACUUGAUGUGCGAGAUCGAAGGCAACCAUCUCUCCGCCGCCGCUAUUCUCGGUCAUGACGGCUCUGUUUGGGCUCAGUCUUCCACUUUUCCUCAGGUGAAGCCAGAGGAAAUAACUGCUAUCAUUAAUGACUUCAAUGAGCCGGGAUCACUCGCCCCAACUGGCUUACACCUUGGUGGCACCAAGUAUAUGGUGAUUCAAGGCGAGGCUGGAGCUGUUAUUCGUGGCAAAAAGGGGCCCGGAGGUGUUACUGUUAAGAAGACUGGAAUGGCUAUUAUCAUUGGCAUCUAUGAUGAGCCAAUGACUCCAGGCCAAUGUAACAUGAUUGUUGAAAGGCUUGGUGACUAUCUCCUUGAUCAGGGUUUUUGAUUUGCUUCGGAAAAUGAUACAAUGAUUAAUUAAGGUGUGACAAGAGUAUAUGAAGAUUGAUCAAACUGUUGGUGGUGUUGCCCUAAUGAUUAAGUGUGAUACUUGUUUAGUUUCUUGAGUUGUUUCGGUGGAUAUUUUUAAAUGCUAUUAUCAACAUAUCUUUGUUUGUGUA